UUAAUUCCGCAGCUUUGAAUCCUGCUUUUAAAAAAUUUAUCAAUUUUCUCCUACAGUUCAUCCCAUCUAAAUCCCUGAUUUCUCUCUCUGCACCACCAACCGUCUGAGAAUUCAAUCUUCCUUUCCGUCUUCCACCGUUCGAUCUCUGGCCCCUGAAAGUCAUGCCAGAGAUCGAACAUGUACCUGACAAUGCCAUGUUCGGCAAAUACGAGCUGGGCAGGCUCCUCGGCUGCGGCGCCUUCGCCAAGGUCUACCACGCCCGCGACAUCCGCACCGGACAGAGCGUUGCCAUUAAGGUCAUCAACAAGAAGAAGCUGUCCAGCUCCAGCCUCAUGUCCAACAUCAAGCGCGAGAUCUCCAUUAUGAGUCGCCUUAAUCACCCCUACAUCGUCAAGUUUCAUGAGGUUUUGGCUACCAAAUCUAAGAUUUAUUUCGUCAUGGAAAUCGUCAAGGGAGGGGAAUUAUUUGCUAAAGUCGCGAAGGGGAGAUUAAGCGAGGAUCUCAGCCGCAAAUAUUUCCAACAGCUCAUCUCCGCCGUCGGGUACUGCCACGCUCGUGGAAUUUUCCACCGUGAUUUGAAACCAGAGAAUCUACUGGUCGACGACGAGGGGAAUUUGAAAGUCUCGGAUUUCGGACUCAGUGCGGUAACCGAGCAGAUCCGACCGGAUGGGCUUCUGCACACCUUGUGUGGGACCCCUGCUUACGUUGCUCCGGAGAUCCUGACGAAGAGAGGGUACGACGGAGCUAAGGUGGAUGUGUGGUCGUGCGGCGUAAUCCUCUUUGUCCUGAAUGCGGGCUUCUUACCUUUCAACGACCCGAAUCUGAUGAUGCUGUAUAAGAAGAUUUACACAGGGGUAUUUCGGUGUCCCAAAUGGAUUUCUCCCGAUCUGAAGAGAUUCCUUCGUCGACUCCUGGACACCAACCCCGACACCAGGAUCACAGUGGAUGAGAUUCUGAAAGACCCCUGGUUCAGGAAAGGUUACAAAGAACCCGAUUUAUACGACGAUUGUGGUUUUGCCACUACGGGCGAUAAAGAGGAAUACACUACCAUUACCAACAUGAACGCAUUCGAUUUGAUUUCUUUCUCUUCUGGUUUGAAUCUGUCUGGAUUGUUUGAUAACUCCUACAAUUGUGCGGAGGAUGACGACCGGUUCAUAUCCGCAGAACCUCCCCUGAAAUUAGUGGAGAAAGUAGAGGAGAUUGCAAAGUCGGAAAAUUUGCGGGUUAAAAAGAAGAAAGAAUUCGGGGUUGAGUUGGAGGGACGAAAUGGAAAUCUGAUGAUGGCAGUGGAGGUGUACGGGUUAACCGAUGAGCUGGUGGUUGUGGAGGCAAAGAAGAUGAGUGGAGAUUGCAGGCUGUACAGGGAGAUGUGGAACAACAGGAUCAGGCCCUUGCUCUUGCCUCAACAGGACACCAGGACACCAGACGGUAACUAAAAUUUUCCUGCAGAAAUCACAAUCGUUUACGUGCACCAAAACAGUGCACGGAAUCGUAUUGGAAAGUGGAUACAAUUUCUGCUACAAAUUAGGGGGCACAAUUCUACUUCCACUUUGGAUUUCGAUUUGGGUUUGGAUGGUGUGCAUUGUGUGUUACCGGUAAUUUUUUGGAAUAAACUAAGAUGACUGCAGUCACGGGCACUGAUUUUCCCUUAAUUAAACCCGUCCGGCUUUUGAUUCUAUAAAUUUCCUUAGUUCCCAAAGUAAAUUGAUUUUAUUUGUUUGUAUAAUUACCAUUUGUAUAUAUACCCUUGUGUCCUGUAUACGAGGGCGGUUAAGUUAAUAACAAAAAUUUACUUCA